AUGCAAGGAAUUGAAUUGCAGUUGGACUUUAUUAAUACACGCAUGAGGAAUUGGGAAAAGCAAUGGACUCGAAAGAUCAAGGCCUUAUCAACCAGUGAAGAAAACUACCACGAAUUCUUGAUACGCUUUUAUGGAUCUCAUAUAAAACUUCAGCUCUCUUCGUUACCACUGCAAGUAAUGCUGAGCUCUGGUGCUUCUGAGGCUUCACUUGACUUGGGAACAUUUUGGAUGGCAUACUCGAGUGCGCUAUCAAUGCUCAAGCUCAUAUCAGACUUCUCGGCACAUAUUUACUUUGUUCAGGACUCGAUACAUGUGAUGAAUGCAUAUAGUGGUGCAUUUCUCGUGAAGGUCAGUUAUUUUGCCCGUUUACUUACAAGUUUCUUUUGUGUGGUAGAGACUGACCAUCAUGAAAAUCAGUUGGCUCACGCCGUACCCGAAACAAUUGCGAAACAGAUAAGACCUGAGAUAAUAAAAGCAAUUCGCGAAGCAACCGCGGCCUUUUCCAGCCAAGGAGCACCCAAUGGGUCUGCUUGUGUUCUACAGGCCCAAUUUCUAGGCAAUAUUGCGGCAAGACUAUCUGAAAUGGAUACUCCGGGACAAAAUGACCCCCUUCUUACAGAUUUGAAUAUUUUCAAUGGAAGACUUGAAACCGUUGAAACCAUGAUCCGUGACAGUCGGGUUUUAAAGAACGGCAUACAGGAAACCUCCCAACAACGUGAUAUGGCAGCGGCAGGAGCAUCGCUCCAAGAGCCAGAAACCUUUAUGAGUGACAAUUAUUGGGCAAAUGUAAUUUAA